GCCACGGAGCGCUUGUGUGUGUGUGGAACUCUGGACUGGCGUCGUGGUGCGUAUGGAACGCGAGGGAGGACAUCGGGAGAACCAGAGCUUUAGCUUGAAGAUGUGGAUAGGUGUCUUGAUGAUGACUGUCUUCACCUGUGAUUUGCCAGGCGUCAGAGCCAGCAAGUGGGUAGUGACCUUCUCCAGGAAGGACAUCUGCGUUUGGGCCGGAACCACGGUAACGCUCCCCUGUCGCUAUGACUACCCAUCGGGCUACAACGUGAGAAAAGUGAUGUGGUUUCACAUCUCGGCCGAGGACCGCAGGGAGUACGCCUACCACACAGACCUCGGCGUGGUCAGCCCCUCCUUCAGAGACCGGGUCAAGUACAUGGGGGGAUACAAAAGGUGCAGCCUACAGCUCACCAACGUGAAGCUCAGCGAUGCGGGCCAAUACCACUUCAGAUUUGAGUCCGACUACCAACAUGGUCGGUGGACGUCGCCCGAUGUUGUCACUCUAUCGGUCACAGAGCUGCAGGUACAGGUGCACCCAGCCAGGGCAGGGAACCUGUUUGCCGCGGGGGAGACGGUCUACAUGAAGUGCCUGGCCAGGGGGUGUGCAGCGGCGGGGAAGACCUUCACCCUCCUCAGGAACGGGGUCAGUUUGGGGUCGUCGGAGAAGGCCUCCACCAUCAAAAACUUCAACAGCCAGCACACCGGCACGUACAACUGCCGACUAAUCCCGCCACAGAACGUGCUGUCACCAGGGAUCAGUCUGGCUUUAGGAUAUUCCCCCCGUUCCACCAAGGUGGACAUCAUUCCCCCAGGGGCCAUAGCGGAGGGCGGCUCGGCGACUCUGACGUGCAGCAGUGACGCCGCUCCUGCGGUGGAGAGCUUCGCCUGGUUCAAAGAGGGCGAGAGCGGCAGCCUGCCGGACAGCUUCAAGCCGCAGCUGCGCCUGUGGCGGCUGGAGUACUCGGACCACGGCGCCUACUUCUGCGUGGCGCGCAACGCGCUGGGCACCGAGCGCUCCAGACCCACCCUGCUCAACGUCACCUACGCUCCCAAGAACACUAAGAUUCUCAUCAGUCCGAAAGGGGACAUCAUGGAGGGCUACUCAGUAAACUUGACCUGCAGCACCAGAGCCAACCCUCCUGCGGCCAGGUACGCCUGGUUCAAGGCCAACGCAGGGCAGCCCUGGACCAAGUGGUCGUCGCAGAACCUGUCCCUCCCCAGCGUCCGCUCGGCCCACAGCGGGAAGUACCACUGCACCGUGUGGAACGAGUUCGGCCAGCAGACGUCGCCGAUCGUGUCCCUGGCUGUGCUGUACGCACCCAAGAACACCUCGGUCUGGGCGCGUCCGUCCAACGUGAUCGACGCGGGCGGCUCGCUGACCCUGACGUGCAGCAGCCAGGCCAACCCGGCGGUGGAGAACUACACCUGGUACCGGAUCAAUGCCGCUGACGCCUGGGAAACCCGAUCGGGCCCCAGCUACACCAUCGCUGAGGUCAGCCCCCGAGCCAGCGGCCAGUACUACUGCGAGGCCCGCAACCGCAUCGGCACCCACAGCUCCCCGGUGCUCACUGUCCGGGUGCGAGGUCGACUGAAGGUGAUAGCUCUUGCCUCUGCCAUGGGAGUGUCUGUGGGGCUCAUCUCUCUCACCGUGGCUGUCAUGAUCAGCAAGAACAUGCACAGGGUGGACCCGGAGCACCACGGCCAGAUCAAAACACGAAGGUCAACAGUGAUGCCUGAGACACUAUUCUACGAGUGCCCACAGGACUCCUUUCAGCUCAGGAGUUCCAAGAUGACCGACAUCCCGGAGGAGCCAGAGGAGUCUUGCGAUGACACUGAGAGCAUGGACAGCCUGCACCCAUCCAUCGUGCCCUUGACAGAGGUCACCCAGAGCACCGAGGAUGACGGCAAGCUCAAUUACAUCACCGUUCAUUACUCUAGAAUGCCCAGUUUGGACCAGGUGCAGAUCACUCAUCUACCACUAGAUGGCAAUAAAGGCAGCAGGGAUCGAUCUAAUGUCAUUUACUCCGUCCUAUCCAAUGAGCAGCCAUGAAGUUACUGCUUAGAUGCACAACUAUUUGAUAAUAACACCCACAUUCAUUUCCUUGUUCAGACUGAAUAUCAACUUGUAUCUCCCUUCACCUACAAGUUGUGUACAUGGUAAAAAU